CAUGCGCGCGCUCCAGCUGCGAGGGGCUCCGGCUCCGGGACCCCGGGCCUCCGUGCCGCUGCCGCGCGGCCGCACACGAGCUGUUUCCAUGGCAGCAGAGGCCACGUAGUGAGGGGGCCGCCCACCCGGCUCCGCUCUCCGGUGGCUGCACCGCAGGCUCGUUGGCACUGCGAGAUACCGCCCCCGCCAGGGCGCCCUCCAAGUGCUGGGCAGUGGCCCAGCGCCUAGCCUUUCGGGCCUGCGCAGCCCAGCGAGGAAGAGUCCUUGAGAUCUAAUUAAGAUCCAUCCGUCUCCCUGCUCUGUCCCAGCACCCUGUAAGGACUGCCAGGUGAUAAUGAAGGUUCUCUUACUGAAAGACGCUAAGGAGGACGACUAUGGCCAAGACCCAUACAUCAGGGAAUUAGGAUUGUAUGGACUUGAAGCCACUCUGAUCCCUGUUUUAUCAUUUGAGUUUUUGUCUCUUCCCAGUUUUUCUGAGAAGCUGUGUCAUCCCGAAGGCUAUGGGGGACUCAUCUUUACGAGCCCCAGAGCAGUGGAAGCAGUGGACCUGUGUUUGGAGGAAGACAAUAAAGCAGAAGUCUGGAAACAUUCUCUGAGGGAAAAAUGGAAUGCUAAGUCAGUGUAUGUGGUCGGAAAUGCAACUGCUUCUCUAGUGAAUAAAAUUGGCCUGGAUACGGAAGGAGCAAACUGUGGAAAUGCAGAAAAGCUUGCAGAAUAUAUUUGUUCCCGGGAGUCACCAGCAUUGCCUCUUCUGUUUCCCUGUGGAACCGUCAAAGGAGAAAUCCUGCCGAAAAUGCUCAAGGACAGAGGGAUUCCCAUGGAAAGCAUAACUGUCUAUCAGAAGAUCCCACACCCGGGAAUCCAAGUGAACCUCAACAGCUACUAUUCUAAGCAGGGCGUUCCGGCCAGCAUCACAUUUUUCAGUCCCUCUGGCCUUACCUACAGCCUCAAGCAUAUUCAAGAGUUAUCUGGCGACAGCAUUGAUCAAAUUAAGAUGAGGAAACAGGACCAGAGUGGCUAAGUGACUUGUGAGGACACCUAGCAAGGGCCGGGGUCACCACAACAAAAAACCACAUUCAGCGCCAAGCGAGGCUCUGCAUGUGACCAUCAAACGUGCGAUGUUCAGAGAGAGGCAUCUGGCUGGCGAGUCUCAGGCCACUGGAGUUUCUCGUCUGGAGUAACUGUGUUCCCAUCAGUGGCAGCCACUGGUGGCCGCCGAGCAUUUCUCUGUGCCGGCCCUGGCCACGUGGUUGCUCACAUUGCCCCCACGUGAUCCUCAGAGCAGCCCAACGGGGAAGGCUGUUCCCCUCUCUGUUUUACAGAUGAAGGGACGGAGGCCCAGAGAGGGAGGGUCACUUGCUAGGGCCACUAUCCUGCAGAGCUAGAAUGGGAACCUGGCCCUCCAGCUCCACGUCCCGGACUCCGCUGCUGCGUUUUCCUGGGGAGCGCAGCCGGGGCCCCUGCCACGGCCAGAGCACCUUUCAGACUUUGCUGUCUGCUCCACUUGGCCCCGCACCCAGGGCAGAACCGUGGGCGGCUGAGGCUUGUGGAGAGGCAGCCAAGACAGCGGGCCCCGCCCUGCACCCGAGCCACAGGCUGGAGGGGAGGCUGUAAUGAGGUCGUGCAGGCAAAGGCGGUU